AGAAACCAUUGACAAUCUUGUUUGAAUUUUCUUUAAGGUUUUUAUGCUAAAUUUUGGGAUUGUUUGAGCUUGAAAAUUGUUAAAAUGUCGUCUAGAAAAUCUUGGGCUGCUCUUGAAGAAAUGUAUGGAACAAAAGAACGUAAACAAAAAGUUCGAAUUGAUAAUAUUCAAGUAAUGGAAUUACCAAAAGAGGAGUAUUCGGAUAUCCUUCAAAAAAUGAAUAGAGGAGAAAAGUUGACUAUUGAUGAGAUUCAAAAACUUCCAGAAAACUAUCAAACUUUUUAUUACUUACAAGAUGAUGCAGUCAAGGAAGAAGACAACAUCAAAAGACGUGAAAAAUUAAGAAUAGCAAAAGCCAAACGAAGAGCUAGAUUGGAACAUGAAAAAAUAAUUUAUGAAAGAGUCUUGAGAAAAUUAUUAGCAAAUAUGCCGUUGCUUCCAUACGAAAAAGAAAUUUACGAGAAAUAUAGCUCAAAACUAUUGGACAUUCAAGAGCCAGAAAUUCAAGUAGAUGCAGUGGAUAUUCUCAAUGAUGUAGUUAACGGAAAUUAUUCACUUCAAGAUGUUGAAAUGAUUAGAAAAUCAUCAGAACUUCCUCCACCCAAAGAUGAUUUCCAGAACUCUCCAAUUCGACUUUUGGAUAAUGUUGUUGAGAACAUAAGGCAGCAAACACAUGACACAUUACAAAAUUCCCAGUCUGACCAUUUUUUCAAGGCUGUAGAUACUGAUAUUCAGAAUCGUUUGACUCCAAUAAAAUUGGAUGAAAUUAUCUCGUCAUGUGCAACAGGAAUUGACAUGAUGAGAGGAAGUAAAUUUGAAGAGAAUGAAGCAAGAGAUGCUUGUGAGUCUUAUAUCAAAGCGAUUGUAAUGUAUGAGGGAGAAAUUAAAAUUCGCAAUGCUGUGCAUGAUGCGAAUAAAAAGCAAAUAGAAAAGGAUAUUGAAAGACUUGCUGAAGUUGCUGCUGUUUCUGGAGCAUUCUCAGAUAAUAAUACGCAAGAGACGAUACAAGAAUCAUCAAACAAAGGAAAUGAGUCUAUGGGAUUUAACAUAACCAAUACGAAUUUUGACAUUUCUUUUGUUCCAUCGGAUGAUCCUGAUGUUUACAAGCCUUUGGAAAUUAUUAGCUAUGUUGGAAUGACAAAAUAAAGAAAAUAUAAGUCGA